AAAUUAUAAGAGUGAUGAGCUCAAUGUAAAAAUUAAAUCAUAAUAAAACUGUUUUAUCGACUCAAUUAUGUGAGAGAUUUCGAGAUUUGCGAGAAUUCAAAUAAAUACUCCAUUGUUAGCUAACGGAGCUAACGGAAAACAUAAACAUUUUAAGUGAAGAGUUAUAAAAAAAAAAAUCACUAUAAAUAAAAAAUGAUUAAGCAACGACGUAAAAGUCAUCGUUAUGAAUUGAUGAUAAACACAAAUGAUAACAUUAGUCCUCUACGCCGACGACGAAAAUCGUAUUCUGGAAUACCAUCAACACCUACUAUUGAUCAAAUUAAUACUAAUAAUGAUGAUGAAACUGAACGUGAAUCUUUACGUAGCAGAGCUAAUAGUUUAAUUUCAUCAGUAUCUUCAUCAUGGCAAAGAUCAUUUAAUUUUGAAACAAUCUCUAAAAUGUCAACGUCACAAAUAUCUAAUUGCAUUACGGAAUGUAUAAAAUUGAGUGUUGAUAAGAAAAUAAAUAUUAAAAAUGCCUUUAAUUUGAAGAUUAUUGAUUAUAUGACGUGUUAUAUGGCACGAAACAAAGAUGAAAAUCAAUUGGAUCUACAAAUAGCAGCAACAGGUCUUGAUGUAAGCGCUAAAAUUUAUUCACUUCGAGUAGAUUCUCUACACCAGGAUGCAUUGAGAAUAUCUAAUAGUUUGAACCAAGUCAUGAAUAAGAUCACUAAUAAUGAUAAGAACAAUAAUAAUCAUACACUGGAAGAUAAUAAUAAUAAUAGUGAAAAUUCUCAAACUAAUGGAACUAAAAAAGCUAAAAAUAAAAUAAAGAGCAAAAAGAAAAGUAAUAAUAAAAUCUUAACAACGAUAAAAGCUCUUCAAGGAAAGUCUGAUACUGUUGAUUAUACACCAGUUAUGUUUGGUGAAAUAGAUUGUCAAACAACUAAUACAAUGUACUUAACUUCUUUGCCUCAAUAUUGUAAUAUAGGUCUUAGUCUUAAUACUUACUAUGACACCAUUAUUGAUACUGAAGAUAACAUAAUAGAUGUUCACCAAGAUGAACCAAAAAUAAAAUGGCCGCCAGUUAAUAAAUUAAAUUAUAUUAAAAAUAUCAACAGAGACGAAUUUUCACAUUUUCAAUUUCUCAAAUGGUCAAUUGAAAAAGAUAAAGAUGAAGAUAAAUUUGUUGGGCAACUCGAUCAGGAGCUUUUAUUAUGUCAAGACGAUGAUAAUAUUGUUCUUGAUGAUAAUGCUAACUUACCAGCAUCAUCAUCAUCAUCUGAAGAAUUAACUUUAAAUCAUAGUUAUGAUUAUGAUAAUACUAAUACUAUCGAUUUUUAUGAAAACAAAGUUAGUUGUCAUAAUAAUAAUAAAAUAUCAUGUGUUAUUGCAGAUAUUAAUAAUUUCACGGAGGAAACUUCCAGAAAAAACAAUAUCGAGUAUUCAUUACUCGAUGAGGCUAUAGAAAUUCGUUGGAUUGGUCCAUCUUAUUGGAAAAUCGGUAAGCUUGAUAAAAAUAAAAAACGACCUGAAUGUCGAGGAGCUCAAAAAGAAAAGAAACAAAAAUUAAUUAUAUUUGAUGAUCAGGAGAUUGAAAUUAGUCAGCAACAAAUAGCUUUGCCUAAAAACAAAAACAAAAAUUUAAUAAAAUGGGACAAAUUAAAAAAUUUUUGGCCGGAAAAAAAAUUAAUAAUACCUAAAAACAGUUAUAAAAAUAGUCAAGAAUUGUAUAAAUUUUAUUUUAGACCAGAUUGCAAGGUAUCUGAAAUUAAUAUCUAUCGUGUUACAUCACUUGAUGCUGAUGAUAAUGACAAUAAUAAAGAAAUCAAUAAUUAUUUUUCUAAUAAAAUGGAUAAUCAAAAUAAUACAUCUGACAGUUAUAGCAUAGAAGAUCCAAUUGUAGAUGCCAGCUACAAUUCCGUUGAUGAUGACAAUCCAAUAAUUUUAGAAACAACAGAAAUAUCUUCAAAAAAUGAAAUGUCGGUACGGCCGUACGCUCGUAGAGCUAGAAAAUUAAACGCAUUUCGAUUAAAAAAAAUUCUUUGGAAAAUUUUAACUAAUACAGAUGAAAACAAUAACAAUUCCUAUGAUUGUACUUGUGAAUAUGGCUCAAUUUUUGAGGAAUUCAAGAAUUUAAGUGAAAUUUACUUAAACCUAUUAGUUCAACUUCCAACAACAGAAGCUGAAGAUUUAAGCUUUGCUGUUGUUUUCACUCUACUACUACAGCUAGUUAAUGAAAAUAAUCUAAAAAUUUUUUCCGAAGUAGAUAAUUCAGACAUUAUCAUUACAUCAGAAGCACAGAUUUAAAAUGAUAUUAUUAAAAAAAAAAAAAAAAAUUUACAAUAAAAAUAGUUAUUUUAUUUCACUGAUUUUGAAAAUUAAUUUAAAAAUGGUUUAUUUUUUUUUUCACAAUCGAUUUAAAUUUUAAAACAUAUUUAUACAAUUGUUUCUAUAAAUUUAAUUUUAUUUACUGUAAUUUAAAAUACAAGUAU